AUGAAGCCGGUGCCAUCGUCAAGCACAAGGCUCGCUUGGUGGCACGCGAUUUCGUGCCGCAAGAGGGGAUCGACUUCCCCGUCGGGUUUUGCGAUCCCCGGCAAGGAGGGCAAGGUGCUGCGCUUGCGCAAGCCCCUCUAUGGCCUGCGGCAGUCACCGAGGGCGUGGAAUGCCAAGUUGGAUUCCACGCUCAAAGGGAUAGGCUUCGAGCAAAGCCCGCACGAGGCGGCCAUCUACCGGUGGGGCACUGGAGAAAAUGCCCUGCUGGUAGGUGUCUACGUCGACGACUUGGUGAUCACCGGCACCAAGGAUGCAGAGGUGGCGACGUUCAAGGAAGAAAUGAAGGCCACCUUCCAGAUGAGUGAUCUGGGGCAUCUCUCCUUCUACCUAGGGAUCGAGGUGCACCAGGAUGAUUCCAGGAUCACGCUUCGACAGACCGCCUACGCCAAGCACGUUGUGGAGCUAGCCGGGCUCACCGACUGCAAUCCAGCUCUCACUCCGAUGGAGGAGAGACUGAAGCUGAGCCGCGACAACACGACAGAGGAGGUAGACGCUACGCAGUAUCGGCGUCUUGUGGGGAGCCUUCGCUACCUCGCCCACACACGACCGGACUUGGCAUUCUUCGUCAGCUACGUCAGUCGGUUCAUGCAGCGACCGACGAUGGAGCACCAGCAGGCCGUGAAGAGGAUCGUCCACUACGUUGCGGGGACCCUCGACCACGGUCUCUUCUACCCGAGGUGUCCCGGGGCGGCACACUUCGUCGGGUACAGCGCCAGCGACCACGCCGGCGACAUCGACACCAGCAAGAGCACGAGCGGGAUUCUUUUCUUCCUCGGCAAGUGCCUCAUUAGCUGGUAG